AUGACACCAAACCCUGAUAUUGGUUGGCAAUUUGGUCAAAUGGUAGGUGAUAAUCGUAAAACAAUACGAUGCAAAUUUUGUGGAAAAGUUAUAACCGGAGGAAUUACAAGACUAAAACAAUAUAUUGCACAUGUUACUGGAAAUGUUGAAAUAUGUCACAAAGCUCAUAAGGAAAUAUCAUCAAUGUUAAGAAAACAUCUUCAAGACUCUAAGACAAGUAGAAGUUCAAUGCAAAGAAAAAAGCAAAUAGCCUUAGAUUCAAUUACACAAAAUACACGCGUAUCAGAAAGUGGUAGUAGUGGUGGAGAUGACAUAGAAGAUAUAGAAAAUCGAGAAUUACAAAAAGCCAUCAAGGAAGGUCGUAAAACAAGAGUCAUUGAGGAGCAAAUGCGUAAUCGCUAUGGUCAAGGAUUUUCUGGUUCUUCAUCUGGCUUAGAUCCUGCAGAUAGUGGUCCAUACAAUCAAUCCAUGAUAAACACCAUUGCUGAGGCUGGAACAGGAAUUAAAGGCCCCAAAGGACGCCAAAUUGGUGGUGUUUAUUUACAAGAGGAGGUAGAUGAAAUAAAUGGCUAUUUGAACACUUUAAAAUCUAAAUGGUCAAAGUAUGGAUGCACAAUAAUGUGCGAUGGUUGGAGCACACACAACAAGCAUCCAAUCAUAAAUUUUAUGAUAUAUUGUGACCGCAACAUGGUAUUUCAUAGUUCCGUUGAUUGCACCAACAAAGCAAAGACAGUUGAUUUUAUUUUAUCUUUAUUAAGUAAAAUUAUUGACGAAAUCGGAGAGGAAAAUAUUGUGCAUGUAGUCACAGAUAGCGAAGGUGCAAAUAAGGUUGCUGGUGCCAAAUUGAUGAUAGAAAGGCAACAUUUGUUUUGGUCCCCUUGUGCAGCACAUUGUAUUGAUCUCAUGCUAGAAGAUAUUGGUAAGACGACAAAAGUAAAAAAGUGUGUUGAGAAAGCCAAGCAAAUAAUGAGCUUCAUAUAUAACAGCGAUAAAGUUGUGAAUUUGAUGAAAACAUUUACAAAUGACCAUGAAUUAUUGACACUAGGAAUAACCCAAUUUGCGAUAGAAUUUAUUUCAAUUGAAAAUCUUGUUCGGCAUUCUUCAGAUUUAAAAAGAAUGUGCACUUCUGGUGAUUGGGAAGCAGACAAUAAUACAAGCAAAAGAAGAAAAGAAGCAGAAAACAUUGCAAGCAUCAUAAUGGAUGGAAGAUUUUGGAAGAGGGCUCAUGAUAUUUGUGCUGCAAUUGAACCAUUAGUAAAAGUUUUGAAAUUAGUUGACCAAGAUCAAAAACCAACAAUGUCAAUUAUCUAUGAAGCAAUGGAUAGAGCAAAAAUGGAAAUAAAAGAUAAUACUAGAGAUUGGCAAUCAUAUUGGGAUAUUAUUGAUAAUUGA